UCUCUCCCUCUCUCUCUCUCUCUCUUUCUCUCUCUCUCUCUCCACCCCCCUACUGCCUCUCUCUCUCCUUUUGCUUUCUUGGUAGUAGUUGAGAGGAAAGAGGGUAGCAGGACAGAGAGAAGAGGGAAAACAGAAAAAGAAUUGUAUGCCACUAUGUCUGAAUAUAUCUUCUACUUGUAGAUAAUUACAUCCAAGUUGCCCUUUUGCCUUUUUAUUUCCGUUUUUGGACACCUCUUUUUAUCAUCCAGCCAACUGGGAUAGACAAAGCACCGCUGGUGCCCUGAGCGACAGAACUCUGGUAGGGGGCUGGCUGUAAAUUGACGUGGCAUGGAAAUUCUCCGCUAAGUUGUAGCAGCUUGCAUGUUUCUCUAAGAUCAAGCCCAGCCUCCUGGAGCUGUAGCUUAAUCAUGGGUUCAAUGACUUUACAGAAAAAUGGAUAGAAAAAUUCUUCAACUCCUUUCUUUGGACCCAGAUGUUUUCUUUUUGGUUAUCUAUGGUUUAGCUGAAAACAAAAUCAAAGCAGUUAAGUCUAUAAGUUUCUUUUUGCAGCUUAAACAACAGAAUUUGCUGCUCUCCCUCCCCUUUCCUGCAAUUUAAUUCCUUACAGAUUUUGCCAUGGGGUGCGGACUUAGAAAGCUAGAAGACCCUGAUGAUAGCAGCCCUGGAAAAAUAUUUUCUACCCUGAAGAGACCGCAAGUGGAAACAAAGACAGAAUUUGCUUACGAAUACGUAUUGCUGGAUUUUACUCUACAAGGGGAACAUUUGCCUAAAUCUUUGGAAGGAUUUUUUAUCUAUGAAGAAGAAGGUUCUGGAGAUCCAGGUUCUAGUAGGAAAGGAAAUGAUGCCAUCGUAGUAGAACAAUGGACUGUUAUUGAGGGAUGUGAAAUCAAAACAGAUUAUGGCCCUCUGCUGCACACUCUGGCUGAAUUCGGAUGGCUUCUGACAAGCGUGUUGCCCACACCUGUAUUGAGACAUGACAGUGAAGGGAAUUUGGCUACAAAGCAGAUCGUAUUCCUUCAGAGACCAGUUAUGUGGAAUUCAGCUGCUCAAACACCAGAUAAGAAAGCCAGCCGCCACAUAAAAGGUGAAGACAAGAACAAAGCCACCAGCAGGAGCAUUGGAUUAGACACAACCACAUCACAACCUGCAGAGAGCAGACACCCGCCUGAGGAGUGCCGCCUUUCUCCCUCCAGGGAAUGCUGGACAAGGGAGGGGACGCUGGCACAGCACAACAGUUUCUCUGGGUUCAGCAGCAGUGACAGCGUCCUCCGGGAAUUAGACGACGGACAGUUUGAUCAGGAAGAUGGAGUGACUCAGGUCACUUGUAUGUGAGCCAUGAGAUGAAGCAAAGGAAGGUCUUGUAAAUAAUUGUUAAAAUAAUUGCUAACUGACCUUAUUGUGUUAUUUUCUCUGCAUUUAUAUAAUAUUUUUGAAUUUUUCCAGACUCAGCCUUUCCUUUAAUCUAUGUAAACUUUGGCACAACCUCCCAGACAAGGAAGAAUAACCAACAUAUUUAUACAUUUAGAAUCACGUUUACACUCCUCUCAACUAAAACAUCUGGUUAAACAGAUGUUCCAUUCGAUUAUUACACAAUAAUCUAUUUCAGCUUCUCAUGAAUGUACAAAGUAGACUUUUCUUACAAUUCCUGGUAAGGAAAUUGAAUAUCUCAAACAGUAUUUUACCUAAUUAGAGGGAGUUCUCAGGAAGUUACAGUCUUAUUUAAGCUGAAAAAUAAUCUCUUUCUUUUUUUCUCUCUCUCUGUCACACACACACACACAGCUAAUUAGUGAAAAUAAAUAGCUAUUUUCCAAAUAUAAUAAUUAAUCCACAUUUUAUCUUUAACUAUAGCAUGUAUAUACAAAGCAAGCCCCUAUGUGUUAAAAUAUUUUUUGAAAAAAAAUUUUUUUAUAUAUCUUUGCUUUUAAAGGGUCACCAUGUCACCAACCCUGUACUGAUUCAUUGCACAUAAAUGUUGUUGCUCCUAAAAGCCUAAAAAUGCGGACAGUAAAGCAGCAUCUCUUAAAAUUCAAUAUGAAAAGAACCCAUAAUCUCAAUAAAUAAAUACCUUAGUAGAGAGUAAGAUUUAAUUUUUUUUUAAAGUCUAAAUACUAUUAAGAGGAAAAACACCAACUUCAAGUGGAAACUGAAGUAUUUUACAUCUGUCUAGAUUUGAAUUCUGCUUUUAUUUUGACUUGCUAAAUCCUGAAGAAUGUUGAAACCUAGAAUUUUCAAUCAGGCAGGAGUAGAAAGAUGCUCAUAGCACACGCAAUAUGUAUGAUAACCUAUUUUGUUUCACCUUGCUUUUCUUUCCCCUUCUAACAGAGGUAACUUUGCCUUGACCCAGUCUUUAACAAUCUUUAAAAUUCUACAAAAUAGAGGAUUUUCAUUUGUCUAUGAAAGGCUUACUUUGAAAGAUGAAACCUUCAAGUGAAUUACAACUUACUCUAUCAUUGAUGAAUUCAGCCUACUAUAUAUUUUUAUUAACAUUGAUGUUGACAUUGUAAGAUCAUUUUAAUAAUAAAACAUCAUUUUUAU